AUGCAGCAUCACACCGCCCAUCACCAGCAACAGGGUCCGGUUCCUCCUCUUCUACAACACUCGAGACCCUCGAGCAUUGUCCAGCAGCACCACAGCCAGGCGCCGCCCCAGCAGCCGCCUCAACAGCAGCCCCAACAGCCACAGACCCAGCACUCGAGCGCGUACCCGUACCCGCCACAGAGCCAGACUAGCAGCUCGCAGGAUCACGCGCUGUCCUACUACGCUCAUCCAAGUCCCUACAGCACGCCGGGCGCGACAAGCGGAUACACGUCCGCAGACACUGGCGACAUGAUGGCUGCCACUAUGCCGAGACCGUAUCCCCCCAUGUCCUAUCACACGCCGCAGUCGAAUUCCCCGGCUUCGGUGGCAUCACCCUCCGGCCAUGACCAGCAGCGGGGCAUGUACGGGCAGCCGCCCUCCCAGCUACAUCAGCAGUCGCUCUACUACAGUGCUCCUCAGCAGCAGUACUCGUCGAUGCCCGCGCAGGCCGCACAGUCGCCGUACGCUCAGCAUGCGCAGCAACCACAUCAGCCGAUGGGCUCUCAGCCCAGCAUGAUGAUGUCGCAUACUGCUCAGCAACACCAGAUGAGCCAGCAUGCGCCGCAACACUCGCAGCCGGGCAUGACGGUUAGCCCGCGGCCGGAUGCCAAGAUGGACCCCCAUGGCCUGAACCACCAGAUGUCCAGGACUUCGGGCCCUGUCGCCAUUGGCAGCAGUGCCUCUACGAAUGCUCAGAAUGGCGGCCAGGUGUCGACCACGACUACUUCCACGUCGCAAGUUAAUUCUAAUGCUGCGCCGGGGCCCAUUCCGGCUACCACACCAUUGGUAGUGAGGCAGGACACGAACGGUGUGCAGUGGAUUGCUUUCGAGUAUUCGCGCGAUCGCGUCAAGAUGGAGUACACGAUUCGUUGCGAUGUUGAGUCUGUCAACACUGAUGAGCUGUCUCCUGAGUUCAAGGCCGAGAACUGCGUCUAUCCUCGUGCAUGCUGCCCCAAGGAGCAGUACCGUGGCAACCGCCUGCAAUACGAGACCGAAUGCAACACUGUCGGUUGGGCUCUGGCCCAGUUGAACCCGCCUCUGCGUGGCAAGCGCGGUCUCAUUCAACGUGCUGUUGACAGCUGGCGUAACAGCAAUGCGGACCCACGGCUGAGGAGUCGUCGUGUUCGCCGCAUGGCCAAGAUGCAAUACCGCAAUCAAAAGGCAGGUCUGCCUGCUACUCAUAAUAGCCAACUCCCCCAGACUCACAAUAGCCAGCUACCCGGUACCGCGUCGACCGGCAUGACCACUCCCGCUGCUCUGCCGGCUGCUACCGAUCCGUCGAUGGCCAACUCGGGCCUCAGCAGCAUGCCGCCUCAGCUGCACCACCACCAUACAGCCCCUCAAACAGCGGCAACGGACGGGAAAACUCAGGGAGGUGAUGAAGUCGGGGAGUAUCCGAAUGAUCAGCAACACCACCAUCAUCACCAACCCCCUGUCCAAUCUGGCACCGAUGAGCGUCCCGCCCAGGUGUUCACAGGUUAUGGUGUCUACAACGGCGCUCCCCAAGCCUCGUCUUCUAUGUCUUCCAUCCACGACGCCAUGAGUGGCUCCCAUGCCACCACUGCAGCGCGGCGGACCGCUUCUUCUCGUCGGGGCUCUGAUGAUACUCCUGAUGACCUCUUCCCAGAUAUCCCUGAGGCUAAGAAGCGCAAGUUCAUCUUGGUCGAGGACAGCGAUCGCCAGAGCCGUCUCCGUGUGCGCGUGACUCUCGAUGGAGUCGAUACACGCGAGAUCCCGGAUAGCUUCCGCAAGAGCAGUAGCGUGUAUCCGCGUUCAUACUUCCCUCGCGAGAUGCAAAGUCCUCCCCCGAGUGCUACUGGCAGCAAGUUCUUCACCGAUGAUGCAAGUGACUAUGAGGAUGACGGGACUACCGACACCGAAGGCCGCCGCUAUACCCGUAUCAACCGGCGGGGCCGUACCAUGGUGAAGGUGCCCAUGGCUGAGGGCCAGGAGGGCGAGAUCGCCAUCCCUCGUAUGCGUAAGAUGUUCCGGGGCAAGGAGGUGCGGUUGAAUGACCUUGGGUACCGCAUGGCCUGGCUCCAGAGCCGUGUGUUUGCUGGCCGGACUGUGUUCUUGCAGAGAGCUUUGGAUUGUUACCGCAACAAGACCCGGAGCGCCAUGGAGUCUAUCAUGCAGGACGUCAAGACGACGGCACCGCACUACGAGACGCGCGUCGGCAAGCGUCGGUUCAACGAGCGCAUGCGCAGCGGCGAAAAGGAGGACGAGUCGUAA